AUGCAACCUCCUGAGGAAUCUAGGGGGAAGGACAUCUUCCUGUGGCGGAGUGGGGAUUGGUCCUUCUCGAAAAGGUUCUCUUCUAAAGCAACUUGGAUGACGAUGUUAGAAAGGUUGCCUACUAGAGAUAGGCUCAUCUCCUGGGGAAUGUGUGUCCCAGCAGCUUGUCCCCUGUGCUCCUUAGCAAAUGAAUCGCAUGACCAUUUGUUCUUCAAUUGUGUUUUCUCCACCGCGGUUUGGUCUCAUUAUACUGGAUGGAUGUUCGCUGCAGCUUCGGCCUCUCCUGCAGCUGUUUUGGCUAUUCUUGAUCAGCCUCAUAUUUCCUCUUGCUCAGGUGUUGCGGUUAUACUAAAACUCUUGCUGCAGGUCAUCGUUUACAAUCUCUGGACAGAAAGGAACCAGCGCAUUUUCAGGCAAAGCUCUUCAUCAGAAGCCGCAAUCAUAAGCAAGGUCGAUCGCUCUAUCAAGGACCGCCUUCUGUCUCUGCCUCCACUGCGCGAGGGCUCCAUCUCCUUCCUGCUGUUGUAUCUCACCUCUCGCUCACUGUUUCCGCCUUAG